CGAGGCUCCCCGCCGGGCUUACCGACGGACGUUGACAAGGAAGCGGUCGGGUUGGAGAGCUCACCCCGCUUCAGGAGAGCGCUGUCCCGGGAAAAACAAAUGUCCCUGAUCAGCAGCUCAUUCGUGCUGAAAGGGGAUGCGACGCACAACCAGGCGAUGGUCCACUGGACAGGAGAGAACAGCAGCGUUAUUCUGAUCCUGACGAAGUACUACCACGCCGACUCCACCAAGGUUCUGGAGAGCUCUCUGUGGAGGUCUACCGACUAUGGCACCACUUACACCAAACUCAACCUGAUGCCAGGGACUACUAUUGUAGUGACCAGCUUCUACAUCUGCCCAACCAACAAGAAAAAGGUCGUGCUGGUGGGUUCAUCCAUAAACGAAAGGGAUCAGAUGUUGUUCAUCAGCACCGACGAGGGUUCCUCUUUCCAGCGGCAGUCCAUCUCCUUCAUCCCAGACACGCUCAUCUUCCACCCCAAGGAAGAAGACAAGCUCCUGGCCUACUGCAAGGAGGGAAGGCUUUUUGCUUCCGCAGACCUGGGUCGCAAGUGGACAUUGCUUCAGGAGCGGGUGACCAAGGACAGAGUCUACUGGUCUGUUUCUGGUGUGGAUGUGGACCCUGAUCUGGUGCACAUGGAAAUGCAAGAUACGAGUGGAGGUUACCUGUACGUUACCUGUCUCAUCCAGAACUGCUCAGACAAGAUGGUGACGGCUCAGUUUCUCGGCAAAAUCGACCACAACUCACUGCAGGUGCAAGACGACUACAUAUUUGUCAAGGUCACCACGGGGAACCGAACCAAGCACUACGUAUCAUAUCGCCGCAACGAGUUUGUCCAGAUGAGGUUUCCCAAGUACUCCUUGCCCAAGGAUGUUCAGAUAGUGAGUACGGAUGAGAACCAGGUGUUCCUCGCCCUCCAGGAGUGGUACCAGUCAGAUACAUAUAACCUCUACCAGUCGGACCCCCAGGGCGUCUACUACUCCAUCAUCCUGGAAAAUGUUCGCAGCACCAAGCAGCCAGAGGAAAACGUCCUCAUCGACAUCCUUGAGGUACGUGGAAUUAAAGGUGUCUUCCUGGCCAAUCAGAAGAUCGAUGGGAAAGUGACAACUCUCAUCACCUAUAACAAAGGACGAGACUGGGAACCCUUGGCCCCGCCCACCACUGACAUGAAUGGCAAGCCGAUUAGCUGCAAAGCACCGGACUGCCACCUCCACCUCCACCUGCGCUGGGCAGACAACCCCUACGUGUCUGGGACUGUGCACACCAAAGACUCAGCUCCAGGUCUCAUCAUGGGUGCUGGUAACCUUGGCUCUAAGCUAGUAGAAUAUAAGGAGGAUAUGUACAUCACUUCAGACUGUGGGAAGACGUGGAGACAGGUUUUCGAGGAGGAGCAUCACAUCCUGUACCUGGACCACGGUGGGGUCAUUGUUGCCAUCAAGGACACCUCUAUUCCCCUCAAAAUACUCAAAUUCAGUAUCGAUGAAGGACAGACGUGGACCGUUCACAAUUUCACCAGCACCUCUGUGUUCGUCGAUGGACUCCUGAGCGAGCCAGGAGAUGAAACCCUGGUUAUGACUGUGUUCGGCCACAUCAGCUACAGGUCAGACUGGGAACUGGUCAAAGUGGACUUCAGGCAGUCUUUCCCCAGACAGUGCACUGAGUCUGACUACGACUCCUGGCUGCUCACAAACCUGCAGGGAGAGAAGUGCAUUAUGGGCCAGGAGCGGAGUUUCAGAAAGAGGAAGGACACAGCGUUCUGUAUCAAAGGGAAGAGCUACACCUCGGCUCUCAGUAGCAAACCCUGUCAGUGCAGCGAGAAAGACUUCAACUGUGACUACGGUUUCGAGCGCUCCCACACUGAGGGCAAACGCUGCUUCUCUGACUUCUGGCACGACCCGGACUCGCCACCGGACGACUGCCAUCUAGGACAAACCUUCGAGUCCAGCACCGGGUACCGGAAAGUGAUAUCUAAUGUGUGUGAAGGAGGGCUAAACAAAGAGCAGAGUUCCAAACAGCACAACUGCCCUCUGCUGCCUCCUAAAGGACUACAGCUAGGCAUCAAAGGACAGAUGCUUGCCGUGGCGCCUGGCGAUGACAUCACAUUCAUUGUCCACCAGGAGCAGGGCGACACCAGCAGCACCAAGUACCAGGUGGACCUCGGCGACGGGGUUCGGGCCAUUUACCAGAACCUGACGGUGACAGAUGAACCCAUCCAGCAUCGCUACGAAAAACCAGGCGUUUACAAGGUCACAGUGAAGGCAGAGAACAUGGCAGGGCACGACGAGGCCACCAUGUACAUUCAGGUCACAGCACCUCUGCAGGAAGUACAUCUUGAAGUGGUUCCUAUUGCAGGGAAAAACAAUGAGGUCAAUCUGACAGCCAUAGUUCUUCCUACUGAGGCCAACCUGACUGUCUUCUACUGGUGGAUUGGAGACAGCCUGCGGCCCAUGCUGACUCUGCAGAACAGCCUGCUGACUCGUUUCCCAGAAGCAGGAGAGGUUUCAGUCACUGUCCAAGCUUCCAACGGCCGCUCCAUGGUGCAGGACACCAGGACUGUCCGAGUCUACGAUAACUUCCAGGUCAUCCCUCUGAGCUUCAGCAAGAACCUGGAUCGCCUCAACCCAAACAUCCCAGAGUGGAGAGAGGACAUCGGCCAGGUGGUCACCAAAAUACUUGCCAAGAUCACAGGUGUCCCUAAGGAGUCCCUGGUUACCGUGGUGAAGCCUGGACUCCCCACCACUGCUAACCUGUACGUCCUCCCACUGGACAGCAAACCAGCAAAGAGGAGCAUGUUUGUAGAUAAGCGUAUUCCAGCCAUCAUACAAGCCUUCAAUGACAACAACGUCAGCUUUGUGGUGCGAGGAGGUCUACAAGUGCUGGUGAUGCUAGCGGACCCAAACGCAGGCUACCAUGGAUCUGCUGGAGGUCCCGGUGUUUGGGCUCUAGCAGUCAUUUUCCUAAUCAGCAUCAUCGCCACCGGCUCCUUCAUCCUCUACAAGUUCAAAAGGAAGCUUCCAGGCAGCCGCAACGUCUACGCCCAGAUGCACAACGAGAAGGAGCAGGAGAUGACCAGCCCCGUCAAUCACAGCGAGGACACCCAGCACAUCAUCCAGGGCAACCAUUCAGGUGUGGUGCUGAGCAUCAACUCCAGAGAGCUACACAGUUACCUGACCAGCUGAUGGCUGCCAUGGCAACGCUAAUGAGCUAGCCUAGCCUAGCCUUGCCGGCUAACGAGCACAGGGACUCCACUCUGCCUUCCUUCUUCUCUCUCCUGUCCUCCUCCUCUUCCUCCUCCUCCUUGUUGGACA